AUGCACAGAUUUGAUAAUUUCGUUAUACUUCAUCAAUUACUGCUUGUUAACAAAUUGAGUUAAAUCUUGUUUGUUUAUCUGUGUAUUUUCAUCUAGGUUUUGUUAUGAGUAUGUGAGUAAUUAAUCGACAAUAUUUCUGGAGAAAACGAAAAUAAUAUUAGUAUUUUUGGUGUGAAGGAAAAUAGUAACCACGAAAUUCUUUUUUCCUUCAGAAACUAUUUCCAUGGAAGAACUGUUCUGUUCUGUUCUGUGUUUCCCUUUUUUCUUUUCGUUUUGUUUUGCAUAUAACAAGUUGAAUUUAGAUUAUAUAUACUGACUAUGUAUAAGUUGUUGAAUCUCCUUAGCAUAAGUUUUUUUGUUUUUUUUUUUCGAAAUCCUGGCUCCGUCAUUGGACUAAUGACUCAAAAAUGAACAGUUGGAUCAAAAGAUUGUGUCAUUAAGGCUUGGUUUUUAUGACAGAGUUUUCAACGGAAGGAGAAAAGGUAGGACUUCUCUUAGUAACAUUUCUUUGCUUGAGUUAUGCAUAUGAGGUCUCAGUAUCUUGUAUGAUGGCCUAUGAUGAGGGUGGUGCUUCAGCAGUUUUCAACUCGCCUGAAUGUCAUCGAUGGGAUUUUUCUACUGCUAUUAAAAAUGGAACAGAUAAUUGCCUCAUAGCUACACAUCAGGGGCGUAGGAAAUACCAAGAAGAUCGUAUUACAUGUUAUCCUCGUGUUACUGUUCCUGUUUUAGGUGAAGAUGGUGUGGAAGAAGCUAGUGUGGGUAUUGCGGCAGUGUUUGAUGGACAUGGAGGCAAGGAAGCAAGUGAGAUGGCUUCUCAGAAAUUCUUUGAUUACUUUCUAUUGCACGUUGUUUUCAACACAUACAAGAAUCUCUUUUCACACAGUAAAGAGCAUGAACAACCAGGUCAAAAUAGCUUGAAAUUCAAAGUUGAUGAUGAGUCGACACUUGGAAUUCUAGAGAAAGCCCUCUUGAGAACAAUCCAAGACAUAGAUUCAGAGUUUACCCAGGAAGCUUUGAAGAAUGAAUACAUUUCUGGAUCAACUGCUAUAGUUGUUCUUUGGAUGAAUGGGCAGAUAUUAGUUGGUAACCUGGGUGAUUCAAAAGCACUCGUAUGCUCGAGGAAAACUCAUUUUGAUCAGGAAAAUGAAGGUGAUUUGGUCACAACACUUCAAGCUAAGGAACUAACAAUGGAUCACCAUCCUGAUAGGGAUGAUGAAAAGGCUAGAAUUGAAGCAGCUGGAGGGGUUGUCCUUGUCGUUGGCGUGCCUCGUGUCAAUGGCAUAUUGGCUGUCUCACGGUCUAUUGGUGAUAUUCGUUUGAAAAGAUAUGGAGUUUUUGCUGAACCAGAGGUCACGGGUUGGAGACGUUUGUCUAUUGAAGACUGGUAUGUAGUGAUAGGAUCCGAUGGCAUAUUUGAAAGAAUGAGUCCCCAGGAUGUCUGUGAUAUUUUGCACGAUAAUAAGGACAAGAUCGACUCGUCCUCCUCUUUAGCAGAUUGCAUUGUCCACAAUGCAUUUAGAAAAGGUAGUGGCGAUAACUUAUCUGUUAUUGUGAUUCCAUUGAGACAAGAGUCCCCCCCUUCACUGGAACACAACCAACAGAUAUAAAAAAAAAUUUACAAGCAAAACGUUCCAUUGCCGGGAAUCGAACCCGGGUCUCCUGGGUGAAAGCCAGAUAUCCUAACCGCUGGACGACAAUGGAGCUGAUUGUUGAACUUGUGCGUAAGUAGUAGGUAAUUUUAUAGUGAUUGGACAUAUAUUCCCAAAUGGAAAAUUAAUCUACAUGAUUAUAGAUACACUGACUUUCUUAUUUUGAACUCGUCGGUGUAAAAAUGAAAAGAGAAGAGGAAUCAAUCAUAUAUUAUUGAUCCUCAUAAUUAGUUCAUGCUCUCCUUCCUCUUUUGAGAUUCAACAGUUCAAAAGUAACAUAUAUACCUCGACACACACUAUAUUCUUCAAUUAUAUACUAUGAAACUAAAAGUUAGCAAGACUCAGAAACAGCAAAUCACUGUGUAAAAGACUAAGUAAUCUUUGACUCCA